AGAUCCACCGGGUUUCCCUCACCAUGACGGAUCCCAAAAGCCUCCGACGUCAUGGGCUAGUCCCCAUCAGGCAAGGACUCGCUAACGGGCCCGGAUCGACGGUCGCACCUGCUUUAUCGGGCAAUUGUGGAGCUUGAGUACGUGCACCCAAUGCAGCAGCCAUGACGUCAUGGAUGCACCCUUUGGGACGGGCGGCCCGCCGAUGGACCAAUCAGCGGGCCGAUGACGUAUCGAUCUCUUUUUCAGCGAACGAGCAGGCCUUUUUUUGCUUCUUUGGGCUUCUUUCUUUUGCGAUGCUUUUCUUUGUUUUGCAUUACAUGCCAUGGGUCUUAGAUUUCUUUUGUCAUUUAUUCAUCAUCUGUGAUGUGAACGGUGUUGCUGCGAAAUCCUUUCUCAUUAUUGGGUCACGGUGGUUUUCGGAAAUGGUGUUUGCAUCAAAAAAAGAAUUCCUUUUUUGCGCGUGUGUAUAUGCAAAGGUCCCGCGUGUCUGCUUUCUUUCCAGCCAGCUUGUUACGAAUUUCUGGGGUUUUACGCUUUGUACUAUAUUGUCCCCUGUAUGAUUGUUACGUGAUGAGAUAUUUAUUGCUGCAACUAUUUUUCGUUUGCAUUGGGUCGGCAUGGUGGUGGGUUUGGCGCGCAGAUUGUGAUGAAAAAACCAUGUACAGUAUGAAUUGUAUACAUAUAUCGUGAAAGACAUAUAUACCACCUACAUUAUGAUUACUUUUC